AGGCCGCUCAGAUUCAAGAAAGUAAAGAGGAGAGCAUUGAGGAGUUGGAAGAGAAGACACCAGCACCAGCCGAGAACGAGCAGUUCACGGUGAAGAUCUCCAAGGUCGGUGGCAAGCUUGGUGGAGCUUUGGACACUGUCUAUGAGACCCAUUGUGUUGUGAGGCAUGUUGAUGCCGGCGGCGCUCUUGCUGGUCAGAACAUUCAGAAAUACGACCGGCUGAGACAAGUUCAGCAGAAAGAAGGCUCAGCCUCUGCGCUCGUCAAGAUGAUUGCUGGUGCUUCUGAUGAACUGGAGCUGCUUAUCGAGCGGCCAACUAUGAAGGAUUUGGUUCUGCACAAGAAUGGUGACAAGGUUGGGCUCAAGAUUGACAAAGACAGCGACACCUUAGGACUCAUCAUCAAGGAGGUCAUUGGGGGUGCUGCCGCACAACUGCCUGUUGGCACCUUCAAGCCGAUGGAUCGGAUCGUUGCGGUGGAAGGCCAAGAGGGGAACGCAAAGAUGUUCGAGUUGAUCACGUCUGUGCCGAGUCCAAGCAUUCGGGUGUGCUCCUAUGGUGUGUAGAAACACCUGGUGAAAAAUGGUGAUGCUGUGACGGCAAUGCUUGCGUGUCAAUGUAAGGUUGAUUGGGCCCAAACAAAACUGAGAUCUCUCAUUCUCACGCGUCCAUAUGUAUUUUUGAAAAGGCACUCUGCUUGCCGCCACGUUUGCCGCAUGUUGGAGCAAGUAGCUCAUGAUCUCAUGUAAGUCCUAGCCUUUCAGACUCUGAGAUUUGAGCCCUCGUGAC